AAGAGUGUGGAAGCAAAUGAAACAGAAGAACAUCUUGAGUGAAAGAGAAAAAAGCCACCUUGAAGAUGAAGUGUGCUGCUGUUGCCGUGUUGCUAAGUCUCCUGUCAGUGGGACGCUCUGCUCCUCUGAGCGACUGUGACACUGUGCUAAAACCAGUAGCCAUCAGCAGAGAAUAUAUGUUGGGGAGGUGGCUGUACAUUGGGGGGAGCUCUGACCUCCCAGGAAGCCGCUCGCUGGGCCACCUGAUGUCCAGUGCCUGGGUGCACCUCAGUGAAACCUCCCAGAGCAACAUCCUCACUCUAACCCAGAGCCAGAGACUAUAUGGCAAAUGCUCGAGCCUAGCAUACAAUGUGACCUUUGAAAACAGCAUAAUGUUAAUUGAACAACCUUUCUACCUCAAGGAAGUCUACCUGACAACUGAUCCCGACUGUCUGGUCGCCUAUGAAGAAAUAAUCUCUGGCAGAGAUACUUUUACCAGUCUUCUUAUGUUUAGCAGAACAAAGAGCGUCUCACCUGCUGCUCUGGAGAUGUUAAAGAAACAAGCAGAGUGUUUGGGGAUGACACCACCCAUAAUAAUAGACCCAAACUAUGAAAUGUGUCCAGACAACAUCCGGCCCUCCGAGGGUCUCAGCGCUCUCAACUCCUUAUUGGAGGCCAAGAUGGGACAUCGAGUUGCAAGAGUUCUGGAUUAUGUUUUUGAUAUGUUUGUGAACUGAUUUUCAGUGGUGGAAAGAUACAAAAUAUAUUUACUCAAGUGUCGUACUUAAGUAAUAUUUUGAGGUACUAGCUGUUAACUUGAGUAUUUUCAUUUUUUCCCACUUUGUACUUCCACUCCACUACAUGUUAGACGGGAAUAUUAUACUUCUGAAUGUACUACAUUUUUCUAACAUUUUUAGUUACUUUUAAUGUUAGGAUUUUACAUAUUUGAUAAUAUAACAAACUUGUAAAUUACAACAGAUCAUUAAAGAUUAUACCAGUC